GUUUGUUUUUUAGGUUUUGUGACAGUGCUCCCGCUGCAGAGCUACGUGUUUCUAAGAAGGCAGCUGUCGGAAACGUCCUCGACUCCGGAGUUGAUUUCCGACCCCGGGACACGGACUUUCGGAUCGACCAUGUUGUCGUCGGUGUUAGUCUUGCUCGGGCUUUCAUCUGCUCUUGCCGUGGAGCUCACAUUUGAGCUACCGGACAAUGCUAACCAGUGCUUCUUCGAAGAGGUGAAAGAAGGUACUAAAGUGACCAUCGAGUACCAAGUCAUCAUCGGAGGAAACUACGACGUCGACAUAUCAGUACACGGUCCGGAUAAAGUGGAAAUCUACAAGCAGCAACAGAAACAGUUCGACACCAUUCCAUUCAAAGCUCAGAAGAGCGGAGUGUACAGCGCCUGUUUCUCGAACGAAUUCUCCACCUUCAGUCAUAAACUGGUCUACAUGAGCUUCCAGGUCGGUGAAGAAGCUCCCAUCGGCCAGGACAACGUUCGUCAGAGUGCGAUGACGAAAAUGGAGGACAGCAUGACCCAAAUACAUAAAAACCUCAACACUGUUGACGAUUAUCAGACUCACCACCGUUUACGAGAGCUGCACGGCCGGAAAAUCGCAGAGGAUCUCAACUCUGAGGUCAUGUGGUAUUCGGCAGUCGAGUCUUUUGGCAUCAUCACGAUAUUUCUGAGUUAUGUUAUGAUUAUGAAGAGUUUCUUUAGCGACAAGAAAAGCAUUCGAUAGAACGACGGCGGAAGUGUACAGCAGAGAGCAUAGAUGAAAAAGACGGUGGAAAUAUUUGAAUAUAAAGCGGGAAUCAAUUCGGGCCGAUUCGUGAUGAUCACUAUGCCUGUUAGGAUUGAGUUCAUGAGAGAAUAUUUAUCGUACAUACGUCGAAUGCGUAGUCUUCAUUGCGAAUUGGUCUAGGUUAUUGUCAUCAUUAUUAAGCAGAUCUUCUAUAUUUUUAGAAAGCGAAAAAAAAUGUGUGUUCCGUGUGCGCUUGGAGUGGACGCAAUAAAGUCAUGUCUGUAAAAAA